GCUGCAUCACAGGAAACGGAAACACCGUGUGACAGCCUGCCCGCGGUGUGUCAUUCCGUUUCCGCUUCAGUCGGGAUUUUCGUGCGCUCUGCAGGAACGCGCGGAGAUGCUGCCGCUGGGGGAGAGGUAACAGCCGCACCUUCCCGCUGACAGAUGAACGCAGGAGCGGCGCCCCGUGCCCUCGGCUCCCGGCUCUGACGCGCGCGCAUCGGUCCCGUUACCGCACGCUCCCGGACUCGCGCGAUCGACCGAAGCCGCUCCUCCUCAUGGCGAAAAACACCCUGUCCUCGCGAUUCCGGGGAGUCGACAUCGACGAGUACGACGAGAAUAAAUUCGUGGACGAGCAGGACGAGGCGGCCGAGCAGCAGGGACCGGACGCGUGCGAGGUGGACGAGCUCCUCAGGCGAGGGGACACGAUGACGGCGUUUCACAUCGCCCUGAGGAAUCCACCAAUCAACUCCAAGAAUCCAGCGGUGAAAGAGCGGGCGCAGGCGGCGGUGCUACGAGUGCUGACCUCGUUCAAGAGCAGCGACAUCGAGGCGGCCGUCAAGUCUCUGGACAGGAACGGAGUGGACCUGCUGAUGAAGUACAUCUACAGAGGCUUCGAGAAGCCCUCGGACAACAGCAGCGCCGUCCUGCUCCAGUGGCACGAAAAGGCUUUCGCCGCGGGGGGCCUGGGGUCCAUCGUGCGGGUCCUGACCGCGAGAAAAUCCGUCUGAGGAGCCGAGAAAGAACGCCGGAGGUAACGGCCACGGGAUUCGUUUCUCUUUCUUUAGACAAGGACAGCUUCCUCUUCUCUCGCAGCUCAACCUCACCCGAGGGGAAACCACUCGCGCUCAACCGAUUAUUUCACUCAGACACGGAGAUGUUGUAUGAUAUUUAAUGUAAAUUAUUGAUUCGUCGGUGUGUUACGGAAGACGUGGUUGUCGACCGGCGGAAGGCGGACGGUCCUGGACGGAAGGACGAGCCCUGAGCUGCAGCUUCAGGGAAAAACAAAUACUGUGAGCGAUUAUGAAAGUCGUGUUUUACUUAGUUGGCACUCUCGGACGUGAAGUUCUCAUUUCUUUAGCUCCGGUUCUCAUUUUUCUUAUUGUACAGAAAGAGGAUGAUGUUUAAUAUAUAUAUAUAUAGUAUUUAGGUGAUGGUUGAAAUCGUAGUGUGGGGUCGGGAGGGUUAUUGUGAAGUGCCUGGUGCAAUAAACAACAUCAAGAGUGGA